AACCGCGCGUCUAGCUCCCAGAUCACUAAUCCCACUAGCUAGCUUCAUCUCCUAGCUCGUCCCCAAUGGGCGGCGCUGAUGGCAAUGGCACCACCAAGCCCGCCGCGGCGGCCGCCAUGGAGAUCGCCGACUCAUCAUCAUCAUCAUCCUCCUCCCCGUCCCCGGCGCCGCCGCCGCCGACAUCGGUGCUCCGGUCGGUGCUCCUCUCGUACGCCUACGUAGCCGUAUGGAUCAGCCUGAGCUUCACGGUGAUCAUCUACAACAAGUACAUCCUGGACCCGAAGAUGUACAACUGGCCGUUCCCGAUCUCGCUCACCAUGAUCCACAUGGCCUUCUGCGCCGCCCUGGCCUUCUCCCUCGUCCGGAUCCUCCGCCUCGUCCCGCUCCCCUCCGACCCGGCCGCCAUGACAGCCUCCCUCUACGCCUCCUCUGUCGUCCCCAUCGGCGCCCUCUACGCGCUCUCCCUCUGGUUCUCCAACUCCGCCUACAUCUACCUCUCCGUCUCCUUCAUCCAGAUGCUCAAGGCGCUCAUGCCCGUCGCCGUCUACUCCCUCGCCGUCUUCUUCCGCACCGACGCCUUCCGCCGCGCCACCAUGCUCAACAUGGCCGGCAUCUCCUUCGGGGUCGCCGUCGCCGCGCUCGGGGAGGCCAGGUUCGAUGUCUUCGGGGUCGUGCUCCAGCUCGCCGCGGUGUGCGCCGAGGCCACCAGGCUCGUGCUCAUCCAGAUCCUGCUGGCUUCCAGGGGGAUCAAGCUCAACCCCAUCACCUCGCUCUACUAUGUCGCCCCUUGCUGCUUCGUCUUCCUCACCGUGCCAUGGGCGCUCGUCGAGCUCCCCAAGCUCCGGGCGGCUUCCGGGGCCGGUGUCAUCGUGCGGCCGGACUUGUUCGUCUUCGGGACCAACUCGCUGUGCGCCUUCGCGUUGAACCUGGCGGUGUUCUUGCUUGUGGGGAAGACGUCGGCGCUCACCAUGAACGUGGCCGGGGUUGUCAAGGACUGGCUGCUCAUCGCCUUCUCCUGGACCGUCAUCAAGGACACCGUCACGCCGGUCAAUCUCGCCGGCUACGGCAUCGCGUUUCUUGGGGUUGCGUAUUAUAACCAUGCCAAGCUCAUGGGGCUCAGGGCCAAGGAGGCCGAGAUGAAGCAGCAAGCGGCGUCCAUGUCAUUGUCGCCGGCGGACAAGGAGUUGGAGGAUGAGGAGGCCGGUAAGCGGCUGCUGGCGCCGGACAACAAGGAUGGCCACGAUAGGCGCGACAACUGAGCUUGAGUAACAACAACGUACACCGUAUGGGUGGAAAGAGUUGACUAAUUUAUUUUAUUUUACUGGUUCAAUUUUUUUUUCUCGGCUCCAGGAUUUUUCUGUAACUGGUAUGUUAAUUCAAGAUCAAUAUUAAGUUACAAUUUCCUAA